UUAACCUUAAAAAGUGAAAAGAAAACAGAAAAGUUGUUUCUCCAUGUUUUUAUAUAAAAUAUAUGUCUGUUAUUAUUAUAAAUAAUGAAUAUAGAGUGUUUAUUAAUAAAAAAAAUUAAUAUUCAAAUAUUUGUUGAAUAUUCAUUUUAUAAUGUUCAGAGAGUUUUUGCAUCAUAAUGCUAAAUAUGCAAUUUUGCAUAAAAAAUGAACAAUCAUUUUAAAAAAAAAAGAAAAAGAGAUUCAGUGUUAAGAAUCGGAUAAAUUGUCGUUUCUGUCGUUUGUCAUUAUGAAGUAAUUUUUCAAAGUAUAUAUGACAAAAAUAAAAUAAUUUAUAUAGCGAAAUGAAUUUUUGCUUUACAUUUUAUUCUAUAAUAUAGCUGUGCUCAAUCAGCUGUGUAAUCUGCAGUGCUUUGCAAUUUCAAUGUGAAAUUGUAUAUAUAUGUAUAUUAUUCGAGAUGAGUCAGUUAAUAUUUCUAGAAUUUUGUAUUUCUUGGUGACGGAAAAAUUUUUGAAACUCUCUAAAUGAUGAUUUUUAUUUACUAACAAGAUGCUGUUCGGAAAAAUCGUUAAUUAUCAAUAAAAAAAAAAAUGUUUAAUGAAAAGUAAGAAAAAAUUCAUCACAAUGACAGGAAGUGGCUACGAUAAUAUUCCUCACUACCAUCCAGGUAGUCGAGAUUUUUGUCAUUGGAUAACGCACAUUAAAUUGACAAAAAUUUUAAUAUUAGUCUCGAUUAUUCUAUUUAUCGUUCCAUUAUUUGCUCAUUAUUAUUUAUCAAAGGUCGAAUCAGGUUCGUCAAAUUUAAAUAUUCAUCGUACUCGCUCGAAAUUGGAGGCUUUUGAAGAUUUCACAUCGAUGAAAGCAAUGGAUUUAAAAGCAAGAAUUGAGGAAAUGUUACGAAUCAAAGCGUCUGUUAGCAAUGAACUACGAGAUUUGGAAGCGAAACGUCAAAGGCUACAAACGGAAGUCAGUGGAUUUACACAAAGAAUUGAUGAAUUAAAACAGGAAAUGCUUCAUCAGCAGAUGGAUCUUGAUCGAUUGAAAAUUAGUGUUGUUCAAGCACAGGCGGCACAACGUGAAGCUGUCGAAAGAAAUACACCCGAAUUGGCAUUACCGAAAAGAAUUUUAAUCAAUGAAAUUCCUGUUAAUAUUGCAAGUACAGAUCCAAGAGGCUGUAAAAUGUAUAACUGUUUCGAUCACAGUCGAUGUGCAUUGACAAGUGGAUUUCCCAUAUAUCUCUAUGAUCCAGAUCAAUUUUCCGUUGUUAAUUCUCGAUGGGAUGUGGAUGGAUUUCUCAAGACGACAAUUAAACAAACGUUUGGUUAUAAUCCUCAUUUAACAACUAAUCCUGUUGAAGCUUGUAUCUAUAUAGUUCUUGUUGGCGAAGCUCUAUCUGUACAAAAAACAAAUCAAAAAAUUAGAAAUCAUCCCAUUGAUGUGAAAAAACUUCACGCUUUACCUUAUUGGGGAGGAGAUGGAAGAAAUCAUAUUUUAUUGAAUCUCGCCCGUCGAGAUUUAUCCGUUGAAGCUGGCGAUAUUUUCAAGGGUAUUGAAACUGGUCGAGCAAUUAUUGUGCAAUCGACUUUUUAUAGAAAUCAAUUUCGCGAUAAUUUCGAUUUAAUUGUUCCACCUAUAUUGGGACCACCUGGUGGUGAUGUUUGGCAGGAAUGCGCACAAAUGCUACCAGCGCGACGACGUUAUUUAUUGUCGUUUCAAGGCGAGAUGAGAUCAUUAAAAAUGACAACAACUCGUCAAAUGGAUGAUGCCGAAGUUGAUUUAGAAAAACUUGCAAUUGAUGAGAAUAAUUUAGAUAAUUUUAUUAUUCAACAUUUAAAAGACAUGAGUAUGGGAACGACUUUGGAUAGAUUUUUCAUUCAAUUUGAAUGUAUACCAGCGUCGGGCGAUGGAAAAAUGGUGGAAGCUUUGGAUUGGUCAUUGUGCGGUACGGAUUCAUCGAGAAGAGCAAUUUUGAAAGAAUCAACGUUUGCACUAAUAUUGGCACCUAGUAAUGCAACAUUGGUUACUACCUCAUCGAUACAAGCGAGACUUUAUGAAGCAUUAAGAUCUGGAGCUAUACCUGUUAUUUUAGGUGGAGAUCAAAUUUUUCUUAGUUACAAGGAGGUGAUAUCUUGGCGGAGAGCAGCUAUUAUUUUACCAAAAGCUAGAGUGACAGAAAUGCAUUUCUUAUUACGCGCAAUACCAGAUAUCGAUCUAUUGGAUAUGCGUAGACAUGGAAGACUCAUAUGGGAACGAUAUUUAGGAACGGCUCAGGGUGCCGUUGAUACUAUCGUUGCCUCUGUUAGGGAUCGACUUGGAAUUCCUCCUUUACCCGCUCCCCAAACUGCCAGUCCAAGUGUGUUCAACGAAAGUUUUGUGCCUUUAAAAUCUGAUUCCAUAAUAUCGGAAACAGAAGCUGAAGAGAGUCUCGGUCCUUUAGAACCUCCUUAUUCAUCACCUUCUUUCAAGAGAAAUUACACAAUCAUGCUCACUCAAGGAUAUGAAAUGUGGAAUGACUGGAUGGAUCCAUUUUAUCUAUAUCCUCAGCUUCCGUUCGACACCGUUUUGCCGAGUGAUGCAAAAUUUUUAGGAUCUGAAGUGGGAUUUAGACCAAUUGGUAAAGGAGCUGGAGGAGCAGGUAAAGAAUUUUGCGAGUCUCUUGGAGGAAAUCAUCCGAGAGAACAAUUUACGAUAGUAAUGUUAACUUAUGAGAGAGAACAGGUUUUAAUUAGUUCUCUCGCUCGACUUUACGGUUUACCUUAUUUAAAUAAGGUACUUGUAGUCUGGAAUAGUCCGAAACCACCAAUGGAGGAUCUUCGAUGGCCUAAUAUUGGAGUGCCAAUUCAUGUUAUAAAAGUUCCGAGAAAUAGUUUAAAUAAUCGAUUUUUACCAUUUGAUGCAAUUGAAACAGAAGCUGUUUUGUCUAUUGAUGAUGAUGCUCAUUUGAGACAUGACGAAAUAAUGUUUGCCUUCAGAGUUUGGAGAGAACAUCGUGAUCGUGUGGUAGGUUUUCCUGGACGUUUUCAUGCAUGGGAUCAAAAUUACAACAAUGCAUGGAAUUAUAAUUCCAAUUAUUCCUGUGAAUUGUCAAUGGUUUUGACAGGAGCUGCAUUUAUCCAUAAACAUUAUACAUAUUUAUAUACUCAUUGGUUGCCACAAGCAAUAAGAGACAAAGUUGACGAAUAUAUGAAUUGCGAAGAUAUUGCAAUGAACUUUUUAAUAUCACAUAUCACAAGGAAACCACCCGUUAAGGUCACUUCACGAUGGACUUUUCGAUGUCCAGGAUGUCCAGUUUCCCUAUCAGAAGAUGAUACGCAUUUUCAAGAGAGACACAAGUGUAUCAAUUUCUUUUCUCAGGUCUUUGGAUACAUGCCACUGUUAAAUACUCAAUAUCGAGCAGAUUCCAUUCUCUUUAAAACGAGAAUACCACAUGAUAAACAGAAAUGUUUUAAAUUUAUAUAAAGUGCCAUAUUGCAUAUAUAUGACAUGCCAUAUUCCAAACUUUAGACUGAUCCUUUUGAUAUAAAUUGUAAAGUGAGUACAGAAUGAUUUUUUUAUUAUCAUAGGAAUUUCGAAUUGAAUAUUUGAAAAAAUGUAUAUUGAUAAUAUGUAUAUAUAAAUAUUUAAUUGUUAAAUCAUUUUUGUUUUUGUAAAGUUUUCAAUAUUUGAACACAAAGUCAUAUAAUAAUCUAUGGUAUACAUAAUAGAAUUAUUUAUUAUAAUUUUUUACAACA